AACACGUCUUCGAAAUGACUCAGCUACAAGUGCUAAGAGCGCCCCGGAAUUUAUUUCGCUCUCGCGGGACGUUAUAAUGAUGAGAAUGGGGAUACUGAACUAUCCUUAUCUCAUUAUCGACAUAAUCCCCACCAAUGGCUGAACAGAAGGCACUCAUUCUCGAGACUCUCGAGGCCGAGUUCCGCGUAGGACAAACGUCUAUCCCGAAACCCAGACCUGGUGAACUCUUGGUAAAGAUCCAUGCGACUGCUUUGAAUCCAUCAGACUGGAAAAGGCGCGAAUUCAGUGUACUCGUGCCUCCUUUUCCUGCUAUCUUCGGAGUCGAUGCUGCAGGGACCGUGGAGGCUCUCGGCGAGGGUGUGCAAGGAUUUGAGAAAGGCGAUAGAGUCGCCUAUGAGGGGAACGUUUCAUCUAGUGACAAGGCGACAUUUCAGCAGUACGGUACGGUGCCGGCUGAGCUUGCAGCGAAGCUACCCGACAACAUCCCUUUUGACGAGGCUGCGUCAAUUCCUGUCGGUAUUGCAACUGCAGCUGUGGGCCUUUAUGGUGACAGACCAGCCGGAGUCCAGAAGUAUACACCCUGUUGGGAGGAAGGUGGUGAGGGUCUGUAUCGUGGAAAUCCAAUUGUCGUUUUCGGAGGAUCGUCUUCUGUCGGACAGUAUGUAAUACAGCUUGCGAAGCUGUCUGGUUUUUCACCUAUCAUCGCGACAGCCUCAUUGCCCAACUCUGAUUUCCUUGAAUCGCUUGGGGCAAAUCACGUAAUUGAUCGCAAAGCGGAUGUUCCAACCAAAGUUAAAGAGAUUCUUGGUGACACGCCAGUCGAGUUGGUAUAUGAUGCCAUAUCUGAGAAGGAUACGCAGCAACAAGCAUGGGCCGUUCUUGCUCCUGGCGGGACACUAGUUCUGGUAGCUGUAAAUGGUGCACAUGUCGAGAAGGAUAAGGGAAAGACAGUCAUCGAUACCGUUUUCGCCGUUUUACAAACACCGGAAUUACGACAGUUCGGUGCUGGUUUGCAAAGCAAGUUGACGCGCCUUCUUGAAACCGGGAAGAUAAAGCCGAACCGCGUUGAGUUGCUUCCGGGUGGUCUGGCUGGAAUUCCGGAUGGACUGAAGCGGCUGAAGGAGAACAGAGUGAGCGGGGUGAAGCUCAUCGCCCGUCCGUUUGAAACUGCUUAAGUAGGAUGGAGAUAGUGUAAUGUACGGACAAAGCAUCAAUAUUGCAGUAUUAUUUUCUGGAGUGAAAGGAA